AGGAAAAAACAUCCAUACAUGCAAACUUUCGCGUUUAUAAUAUUAGUAAGAUGAAGAUCUAGUAUCUCUUAGUAGUAUCUGAAACGCGAGAACUUGCACCUACUAUGUAUCUAUAUCAUAAGUAUACGCAACCAUGCACACUGUCGGUACUUACGCAUGUUGCUACAAAUUGAAAUUCCCUUGAUGUGAACAAUAUUUACUGAACACAUAAGUCGUUAGACACGCGGUAUUUAUUUUCUUUUGUUAUGACAAGAGUUGUUUUUCAUGAGUGUCGUAUACUAGUCAAUAUAACGAUACGUAAUUGUAUUUUCACAGGAGUUUACACAAGACUCUUGAUAUUCGAUCUCCAAUAAUGUAUGGUCAUUAUAAAACUCGAGGUUUUUACGGCAAUCCUUCAAUCAGAGGCAAGGUAGUAGAGAAUAGUAGAGAAUAAUUAUAAAAUAUGUCAAAUGUCUUGUCCGUCCAUCCGUAGAAAAUCAGGCCUGGGCAGGGAUUUGCACUCAGUGAUUAAAAUAUGAUGCUUAUAAAAUUGUUAUUAGUCUUAUUAAAUUCGAUUUCUUAUUAAUAUUCAUGAUUUUCUGCGUCAAUAUUGGCGGAAUAUUAAACGUAUAACUGAUCAACUUAGUGUCUGAUCUACAAAAAUGCUAGUUUAAAGGACUUCCUAGAACGGUCUGAAUUUUUCAAAAACCUUUUGAUUUCGUUUUUCGGCUUGAUAAGCUAAUAAACGGAGAAAAACCUAGGGCACGGCGCGCGGCGCCACAAGCUAAAUACCCCUUGGACCACUUCUCUUCCCAGAGUCACGGGAUCACUCUGCGCGACACUUUCUUGAGAGCUGUUAAUAUAAUAGACCUUACGCUUAUUGAGACACUUAUUAGAAAGUACCUUUACUUAGAUUAUAUAGCCGCUAAUGGUUGGACAGCGACAAGCUUUUAUGACACUAGAAUAACAUGCAUUUCUUCUUACGAGCGGCCACGCCGUCCAACGAGAAAGCGCGAAAUUGCAAACUUUACUUAUUAUUACAAAAAAGCGUUUAUUUUGACAUUAACCUGAUUCGGAUUUUGAGAAGAAAUAUAUUUUAUUUUUAACUGAAGCGUCUUUAUCGAGAUAGCCCAUGACAGGCGACCAUAUAUACUUCUUCAACUUUUUUAGAUCUUUACUUUUCAUACGUUUUCUGACAACGAUAUCGAUUGUAGAAAUUUUACUUGGUUACAGGCACUGGAAUGCAGUCUACGGUCACUAAAUGCUGUCGACCAAACGAGAGAGACGUAGGACGGUGGUACAGGAGUUACAAAAGUCUGAUACGACCCACUUCCUCCAACGAGGAGGUGGGUGUUACCAAAAAGUAAUGAGUUUCUAAUUUUCGACGUCGAAGGAGUCUUGGCGCCAGUGUUCACCCCGUUCUUGCACACUGGGUUUAUUGACUUCAGUAUUAUACCCAUCUACAUGAAACGCCUUCAAAAGAAUAGGAUAAAUGGCAUUCUUGUAAGUGGAACUACUGGAGAAGGUAUGUCUCUAAACGUGAAAGAGAGAAAGGAGUUGCUAGAAGCCUGGGUGUCAGCGGCCAAGCCUCUUGGUACUAAAGUAAUAGCUCAAAUUGGGGGCGCACCACUUCCCGACGUUUUGGAACUGGCAAAACAUGCGAAAAAAUUAAAUGUGGAUGGUAUAAUGACAUUGCCUGAACUGUAUUACAAGCCGAAGAAUGAGCAUCAGUUGGUGGAGUAUCUAGAGGAAGUCAGCAAAGCUGCUCCAACGCUACCCUUGAUCUACUACCACUUCCCUGUGAUGACUGGAGUUGAUGUAAACAUGCAACAAUUAUUCUCCAUAGCUUCUUCGAAAAUGAUUAAUUUUGGGGGAGCUAAAGCUGAUCUUUUUGUGGCUGAGCAAGUAGCAGAUCAGCUGAUUGGUGACCAAAAAGUAUUUAUUGCUAACCACCACAUAGCCCUAUCAGCUCUUAUGGGUCAUCAUUCAAGUAUAGCAACGGUCUCCAACAUAUUUCCCGACCUCGUCCACGCCGCUGUAGAAGCAGUGAACAAUGAAGACUUGGAGAACGCAAGAGGAAUACAGAAGAGGCUCAAUAAACUGGUUGAUUGUAUUGCCUCACAUGGUGACUUCGUCCCAUCCAUGAAGGCUGCCAUGGAACUGGUCACGGGCAUCAGAGUGGGUCCAACUCGACGUCCUCUCACCCCAUUAAACAACGAACAAAUAUCAAGUCUUGGAAAUUAUUUGAUAAACUUAGGUGUAGAGCUGCAUUCAGUAACAUAGUUUUAAGAAGAAUAUAUAUCAAUGAAAGCAGCUUGCUGAAAAUUAACAAAACAUCGCUUUUAGCAGAUACAUCUGGAAGAGCACUGCUAUCGUCAUUAUAGAUACAUAUAAUAAAACAUACAAAUAACUUAAUAAAAUUACUAUACCUACAUCUUUUUGAAUUCCUCAAUUUUCCAUUUCCAAUCCCCCAAAUCCUUCCACGAGUCUCUUUCUUAGGCCUCAUGGAAGCAGCCCACUCGGUAAACAUUUUACCAACCCGCUUCCUAGGCCGCCUGCGAAGGCGCCGCCCAUCUGGCUCCCAUCGUGGUGGUUUUUGGCCAGCGGUUUCUGUCACGCAGCUGACAUGACCCAUCGAAUCCCAUUUUAGCCUGGCACAAUUUUCAUAUUAGUUACAUUACUUCAUUUGAUAGAUAGGUUAAACUAAGUGCUUUAUUCCUCGAUAAAAUUCCUCCUUUUUCAAUACCAUCUAUUAAGGAUUCACAUAGAUUAAAGUAAACGUAGAUACUUCAUCU